CCCCGGAAGUGCUGCCACGGAGUUUCUAAUUUCUUCCGGCGCCGGCCUGGGGAGAGCUCGUUUUGGCGACAUGAAGCUGCUCACCCACAACCUGCUGAGCUCGCAUGUGCGGGGGGUGGGGCCCCGUGGCUUCCCUCUGCGCCUCCAGGCCACCGAGGUCCGCAUCAACCCCGUGGAGUUCAACCCCGAAUUCGUGGCGCGUAUGAUUCCCAAGGUGGAGUGGGCGGCGCUCCUGGAGGCGGCGGAUACCUUGCACCUGGUCGAGGUACCCACUGAGCCGAUUGAAGGGUAUGAGCAUGACGAGAAGUUUCUGAGGAGGAUGCACCACGUGCUGCUAGAGGUGGAUGUGUUGGAGGGCACCCUGCAGUGCCCCGAGUCCGGACGUCUGUUUCCCAUCAGUCGUGGGAUCCCCAACAUGCUGCUGAGCGAUGAGGAAACCGAGACUUAGUCGUGCCAGUCGCCAGCUUUUCGUUCUAUAACCGUGUAGAUCUUUUGCUUACGAUGUUUUUCUGUUAUCAAGGUCAUAUAUCUCCCCAACCCUUGACCCAGUGAUACACGCGAAACACAGUGUUCUUGAGCUCGAUAUAUUUUUUUUUCUCAUUAAAGGUUCAAAACCAAAA